CAGACGGGUUUUCAUUCAGUCUCCAGGCACCAUGGCUCAGCUGGUGGAGUGUGUCCCCAACUUCUCUGAAGGUCGAGACAAAGAGGUGAUCGAUGCCAUCUCGGCAGCCGUCUCUGGCACCCGUGGCUGCAGCCUGCUGGACGUCGACCCCGGAGCCUCCACCAACCGGACCGUCUACACCUUCGUGGGCUCUCCCGAGGCAGUGGUGGAGGGAGCGCUGAACGCCGCCCGCCAGGCCUUCAGCCUCAUCGACAUGAGCAAACACUCAGGUGAGCACCCCCGGACCGGAGCGCUGGACGUUUGUCCCUUCAUCCCCGUCCAGAACGUCACCAUGGACGACUGUGUCCGCUGCGCCGACGUCUUCGGACGGAAACUGGCAGAGAUGCUGCACGUCCCCGUUUAUCUUUACGGAGAAGCAGCUCGAAAGGAGACGAGGAGGAGUCUUCCGUCCGUGAGAGCCGGAGAGUACGAAGCUUUACCGGACAAGUUGACACGCGACGAGUGGGCCCCUGACUUCGGCCCCGCAGUCUUCGUGCCGUCAUGGGGGGCCACGGUAACCGGCGCUCGCAAGUUCCUCGUCGCCUACAACGUGAACCUGAUCGCCACCAAAGAACAGGCUCAUCGCAUCGCUCUGGACAUCAGGGAGCAGGGCCGCGGGAAAGACCAGCCUGGGCUGCUGAAGAAGGUGCAGGGAAUGGGCUGGUACCUGGACGAGGCCAACGUCGCUCAGGUGUCCACCAACAUCCUGGACUACGAGCUGACCCCCCUCCACGCCGUGUACCGGGAGAUCUGCCGGGACGCCGAGGACCUGAACCUGCCGGUGGUUGGCUCUCAGAUCGUCGGUCUGAUCCCCCUGAAGGCUCUGCUGGACUCUGCAGACUUCUACAUCGACAGGGACCGACUUUUCGUCAUGGAAGAGGAGCACAAAGUCCGGCUGGUGAUCAGCAAACUGGGCCUGGACUCUCUCGGCCCAUUCAACCCGAAGGAGCGGAUCAUAGAGUACAUGGUGAGGUCCCAGGAGGACGCAGGGCUGGUGUCUCUGUCUCUGCAGCAGUUUGUUCAGAGCGUCGGGGCUCGGACGGCGGCUCCCGGUGGAGGAUCGGUUUCUGCUGCCGUCGCUGCUCUGGGGGCGGCGCUGGGGGCCAUGGUGGGUCAGAUGACCUACGGGAAGAGGCAGUUUGAGAACCUGGACGGUGUGAUGAGGAGGCUGAUUCCCCCGUUUCAUCGGGCCAUGAACGAGCUGCUGCACAUGGUGGACGCCGACGCCUCCGCCUUCAACAGCUACAUGGUGAGGAGGACGCCCUGACGCCUGCAGACGGCAGGCCACCAGAAUCUCCUUAAACACGCCGGCUCUGAUCCGCGAAGGUGGUCUGUCAUGGGCCACGGUCCUGCCGGCUCUGAUCCACGAAGGUGGUCUGUCAUGGGCCACGGUCCUGCCGGCUGUCACACAGAUUUUAGUCACACAGGACAUGAUUGAAAAUAGCAAGGGCAACCAGGGGCG